AUGGCUCGCCAGAGCGCUGCUCUUGCGACGCUCCUUGUCCUGGCCUCCACCAUCACCAACGUCGCCGCCGCCGGCUCAUCCAACAGCAGCGAUGGCAAGGUCGCCGCCCAGGCCGGCGUGCUCGAGGGCGCCAACCCCGUCAAGUACAGCGCCUCCAACCCCAUCACCCUCUUCAUCAUCCAGGCCAUGAUCAUCAUCAUCUUCUGUCGCCUGCUGCACUACCCCCUGUCCUACCUCGGCCAGCCCCGUGUCAUCGCGGAGGUCAUUGGCGGUAUCUUGCUGGGUCCCUCGGUCAUGAUGCGCAUUCCCGGCUUCAAGGCGAACAUCUUCCCCACAGAAUCUAUGCCCGUCCUCAACAAUGUCGCUAAUCUCGGUCUCAUCAUCUUCCUCUUCCUGGUCGCACUCGAGGUCGACGUCCGACUCUUCACCAGCAACUGGCGCGUCGCUCUGUCCGUCGGCCUGGCCGGCAUGAUCCUGCCUUUCGGGCUCGGCUGCGCCAUCGCCUGGGGCCUGUACCAUCAGUUCCGGGACGAGGCCGACACCGUCUCCAUCAACUUCGGCGUCUUUGCCCUCUUUAUCGGCACUGCCCUGGCCAUCACUGCGUUCCCCGUCCUCUGCCGCAUCCUGACCGAGCUCAAGCUGCUGCGCUCCUCCGUCGGCGUCACUGUCCUCGCCGCUGGCAUCGGCAACGAUGUCACCGGCUGGAUCCUGCUGGCCCUGUGCGUCGCCCUCGUCAACAACGCCAACGGCCUGGCCGCCCUCUACGCCCUGCUCUGCACCAUCGGCUGGGCCCUGUUCCUGUGCUUUGCUGUCCGCCCCUGCUUUAUGUGGUGCCUCAGGAGGACCGGCAGUCUCCAGAAUGGCCCUACGCAGGGCAUGGUCUCGCUGACCCUGUUGAUUGUCCUGUUCUCGUCCUGGUUCACCGGCAUCAUCGGAGUGCACCCCAUCUUCGGUGCCUUCCUUGCUGGUCUGAUCUGUCCCCACGAGGGAGGCUUCGCCAUCAAGCUGACCGAGAAGAUUGAGGAUCUGAUCUCCGUGCUCUUCUUACCUUUGUAUUUUGCCCUUUCGGGUCUCAGCACCAAUCUUGGUCUGCUCGACAAUGGCAUUACCUGGGCCUAUGUUAUCGGUGUCAUUGCCAUCGCUUUCUCUGGCAAGAUCAUUGGAGGAACCCUGGCUGCGAAGUUGAACAGACUGGAAUGGCGCGAGAGCUUCACCAUCGGGUGUCUCAUGAGCUGCAAGGGCCUUGUGGAGCUCAUCGUACUUAAUAUUGGGCUGCAGGCUAAGAUCCUCUCCCAACGGACCUUUACCAUCUUCGUCGUCAUGGCUGUCGUUACAACCGUGGCUACCACUCCAUUGGUCAAGUGGCUUUACCCGCCGUGGUACCAAACCAAGAUGGAGAAAUGGCGACGCGGAGAGACCGACAAGGACGGAAAUCCCAUAUCCUCUACCUCCAGUGGAGAUGAUCCUGCUGAGCAGCAGCUCAACUCGGCACAGAUUCGCCGCCUGCUCGUCUACUUGCGGCUUGACAGUCUCCCGAGUCUCUUCACUUUCAUUGCCCUUCUUGGAGGCGACGAGGGGGUGAAACAGCAGAUCAUAGAGGAAGGAGAGCCUUCAGAGAAGGGCGAAGCCCAUAUCACUUCUCGGCAAGUCGCAAAGCGGCCCCUGGAAGUCCACGGGCUGCGAAUCUUGGGGCUCACGGAGCGAACGUCGUCGGUGAUGCAGGUCACCGAGGGUGAGGAAUACUACUCCGAGAUAGACCCGGUCGUGAAUGCCUUCCGCACCUUCUCGCGGCUGAACGAUGUCGCCGUGUCCGGCAAGGUCGCUAUCGUGCCAGAAGCAUCCUACGCAGAAACCCUGAUAAAGCAAGCCUCGGAUGUCGCGUCAGACUUCCUGCUGGUCCCCUGGAGCGAGUAUGGCAGCAUCACCGAGGACACGUCGGUGGCCUUCGUCACAUCUGCCCAUGACCGCUACAACAACCGCGGACACCUCGAUUUCGUCAGUAAGGCCCUCGAGACAUCUGUAUGCAACACUGGCAUCUUUAUCAACCAGAACUUUGGCGGCAUGGGCCCCGCCGAGCGGCCCAACCUCAAGAAAACAAAGAGCGCCAUGUCCAUCCACAGCCAGCGUGACGCCGCCACCUUACCUGUCAAGGACAAGAGCCACCAGAUCUUCUUCCCCUUCUUCGGCGGGGUGGACGACCGCGUGGCCCUGCGCUUCGCGAUCCAACUCGCAAAAAGCCCACACGUGACCCUCACCGUCGCCCACUUCAGCUGGUCCGCUUACGACUCGGGCGACGAGGUCGAGGUCCCCUCCAAGGCCGCCGGCGGCUCGCGCGGCGCGAGCAAGGACGCCGUCAAGGUCGUCGAGGAGACGUCGGCCCAGGAUCUCGCGGUGCUGUCCUCGCUGCGGUCCCUGCUGCCCAAGGAGCUGGCGGGCCGCGUGUCCCUGGCCGAGAUCAACGUCACCAAGGGGACUGCGGUGGCCGAGGCCGUUUCCAGGGCCAGGGAGAGCGUCGGAAACGUCCCCCGGAACGCUGGCGAUAUUGUCGUCGUCGGCCGCUCGCACCCCGACCUGGGCGACUCCCAGAUCGAUCUGGGCGGGCUCGACCUGAAGAAGACGGUCGGCACCGUUGCCGAGCAGCUCGUCAACGGCGGCGUCAAAGCCAGUGUGCUCGUCAUUAAGGCCGGCGGCGCAGGCCUGCAGUGGUAA